CUGGACACAGGUGCUGACACUGCCAUUUAAUCCUGGCACUCAGGAGGCAGGGGCAGGAGGAGGAAGCCGGGCCUACCGGGAGCCGGCUGCUCGGCCGCAUGUUGCCUGGAGGGGGAGACGGAGGCCCAGGAACCCCGGCCUGUGGAGCCCUGGCGGCGGCAGCGUGCCGGGGGGAGCACCCUAGGACCCCGAGCUCGCCUUCGCACUGACGCGGACGGCCGCCGGUCGGCCUGGGAGCAGAGCUCCCCUUUGCCACCAUGGCCAACAUCAACGAGCUGCCGGAGAACAUCCUGCUGGAGCUGUUCACCCACAUCCCCGCCCGCCAGCUGGUGUGUAACUGCCGCCUGGUCUGCAGCCUCUGGCGAGACCUCAUCGACCUGGUGACUUUAUGGAAGCGCAAGAGCCUUCGGGACGGCUUCAUCACCAAGGACUGGGAGGAGCCGGUGGAAGAUUGGAAGAUCUUCUACUUCCUGUGCAGCCUGCAGAGGAACCUCCUUCGGAACCCAUGUGCUGAAGAGAACAUGAGAUCGUGGCGGAUAGACUCCAACGAUGGCGAUGAGUGGAAAGUGGAGAGCCUCCCUGGGGACCACGGCACAAACUUCCCUGACCCCACCGUCAAGAAGUACUUUGUCACCUCUUAUGGCAUGUGCCUCAAGUCCCAGGUGGUGGACCUCAAAGCCGAGGGCUACUGGGAAGAGCUGCUGGACACCUUUCGGCCGGACAUUGUGGUUAAGGACUGGUUUGCGCCCAGAGCGGACUGUGGCUGCACCUAUCACCUCCGCGUACAGCUGGCCUCUGCUGACUAUAUCGUCUUGGCCUCCUUUGAGCCUCCACCUGUGACCAUCGAACAGUGGAAUGAUGCCACGUGGAAGGAGGUCUCCCACACCUUCUCUGAUUACCCUCCCGGCGUCCGCCACAUCCUUUUCCAACACGGGGGCCAGGACACCCAGUUCUGGAAAGGCUGGUAUGGGCCUCGAGUCACCAACAGCAGCAUCAUUAUCAGCCACAGGGCAGCCAAGAACCCCGCCCCUGCCAGAACUCUGCCAGAAGACAGUGUAGUAAUGAGGGAAGACACCCAGCCCCGGAAGCCAUGACGGAAGACUUCUGACAGCCAUCUUUCUGCCUCUGCUGAGGGCCGCCAAACGGUCCCUCCUGGCAAGCGCUAAACCCUUAGUGGGCAGUGAGGCCCCCAGUCCCAUGAGCACCUGCCCAUCAGCUCAGUGGUGACGGGCAGUCACAAAGCUCUGACAUUUUGUUGUAAUAAAUGUUUUCAGUAAAUCCA